AUGCCAUCAACCGAUGAUGAAGGCUGCGGCUCGAGCCAAGCGCCGCUGAUGGACCUGCAGCGUCACCAAGCCGAGCUGCAGCGCGUCUACCGCAAGAUUGACCGGGCCAUCCUGCCGCUCAUGUUUCUCUGCUACUUUCUCGAGUUCCUCGACAAGAUCCUCAUCGGCUACGCCAACGUCAUGGGUCUGGAAGCCGACCUGCACCUGCGGCCGGGCCAGUUCCAGUGGCUCGCCACCAUCCUCUACGUCGGCAUGGCGGCCGGCCAGCUGCCGCAGGCCGUCCUCCUGCAGCGGCUCCCGCUCAGCCGCGUGCUCGGGGCCAACGUGUUCCUCUGGGGGGUGCUGGUGUGCGGCAUGGCGGGGGCGCGCGGGUUCGCGGGGCUCGCGGCGCUGCGUGCGCUGCUCGGCGUGUGCGAGGCCGUCGUCGCGCCGGCCCUCAUCCUCGUCACGACGCAGUGGUACACCAAGCGCCAGGCCGUGCCGCGCAUGGGCCUCUGGUACAGCGGCGUCGGCGCCGGCCAGGUCGUGGGCGGGCUCGUGUCGUGGGCCGCGCAGCACGCGCGCACCGACGCCGGCUUCCAGAGCUGGCGCAUCAUGUUUGCCGCCGCCGGUGCCGUCAAUCUGCUGACGGGCGUGGCCGUCUUCUUCUGGCUGCCGCGGGACGUGGCGUCGGCGCGCUUCCUGAGCGACGAGGAAAAGGCCGUGGUGUGCGAGAGCCUGCUGAUGGACCAGGCGGGCAACGGUGAAAAGGUGUUUCGGUGGUCGGGGGUCCGCGAGGCGCUGGCCGACUGGCAGGUCUUGCUGUUUGUGCUGUUUACGCUGGCCACGGUGAUCCCGGCCGGCUUCAUCACCUCGUUCUCGGCCGUCGUCAUUCGCGGCUUCGACUUUUCCGCCAAGCAGGCGGCGCUGCUCAACAUGCCGUCGGGCGCCGUCACGAUUCUCGGGACCACGGCGUCGACGGCGGCCAUUCUGUACGAUUUUCCGCGGUGGCUAGCCAUUGUGCUGCUGCUCAUCCCGAGCAUGCUCGGCGCGGGGCUCAUGUCGUUUGCGACGUCGCAAGCCGCGGCGCUCACCGGCGUGUACCUGGUCAACCUGGACAUUGCGCCGCUCGUGCUCGUCUUCAGCAUGGUCGGCGCCAACGUGCAGGGGUACACGAAAAAGGUGUGCGUGACGGGCCUGGUGUCGCUGGCGAACGCGUGCGCGAGCAUCAUUGGGCCGCAGACGUUUCGGCCGCAGGACGCGCCGCGGUACAUUCCGGCCAAGAUUACCGUCUUUUGCGUGACGGGUGUUGGGAUUGCGGUGGCGGUGCUGCUGCGGGUGCUGUACGGCGUGCGGAAUCGUGCGAAUGCAAAGGCGAGGAGGGCGGCGAUGGAGGCGGUGGCGAGGGGCGAGGCGGAGGCGGCCGAGGUGCUGAAUGAGGAGGAGACGGACUUGAAGAAUGGCAAGUUUGUGUACAUGUAUUAG